AUGGAGGGCACUCGUAGUGGACGAGGCCGUGGACGUGGAAAUAGGCAACCUUUUGAUAGAGGCACUGCGGAAACCUCGACUGGACCAAACCCUGAACCUAGGGUAGAUCCAAAUGUCCAGCUAGCUGCCGCUAUGCAGCAAAUGACCGACUUGCUGGCCCAUGUGGUGCAACAACAGGGCCACAACCCUAACCCACCUGUCGAGAAUCCCGAAAACCCUGGGAAUCACGUAGAAAGUGAGGAUCGAGCUCUUGAAAGGUUCCAAAAGUUCUCUCCACCAAAGUUUCUUGGAGGGCUCGAUCCCGAUGUGGCUGAAAGAUGGUUGGAGAAGAUGGUGGACAUCUUUGCGGCCUUACAUUACUCCGAAGAGAGGCAGGUUACUUUUGUGGUCUUCCAAUUAGAAGGGGCCGCUCGCUCUUGGUGGAAUGUUAUUCGAACCAAGUGGGAAAGAGAGCAGACACCCAGAACGUGGGUGAACUUUGUAAGAGAAUUUAACGCCAAGUACUUUCCGCCCUUGAUCCAAGAAAAGAAGGAGAACGAGUUCAUCCGACUUCGCCAGGGCACCCAAUCCGUGGCUGAAUACGAAAGCCAGUUUACCCGAUUAGCCAAUGAUGUGGUGGAUAAGGCUUUGCGAGCCGAGAACGCAAGGGUUCAAGUUCGGAAUUUCCAAGUUAGAAAACGUGGAUUUUCUGGAGGUAGUUCUACUCAGGGGGAUAAGAGUACCCCUCCUAAAUUUGGCCGGGGAGCUGGAGGAGGACGAUUUUCGGGUACGGCAAGAGGAACUCCGCCAAGAGGUGGCCAGACGGGACGAGGCCAACAGAGGAGUGCCUCACAAGGGAGCUCCGCCACUGUUUCUCGUUGCCCGUGUGGGUUCUGUGGAAAGCCGAACCACACCCGCUCUUAA